UAUUAAACAAAUUACUUUUAUAAUUAGUUUUUCUAUCUAAAUGCUUACACUCGAUUGGUCUAGAAGUGUAUCAGAAAAUUUACAUACAUAUGUUCAAACAUCAUUGGAAAAGAAAAGGUCGACUAAAAAUAGUUAUACAAAGUUUAAUUCUAAGUUUAGCCCUUUUCAUUUUGUACCAUUUUUGUUACCUUCUUAUAUUUUCAUCUCCACGAAGGACCGGCGGGAAUACGAUCGAAACGCAGCGAGGACGACACAUCGAUUUACACUCGGCGAGUGCAUUUGUCAUUAUAAUUCAAUUUCAAGAAUUUCUAUGAAACUUUACUCAACAGAAUUUUAGCAUCGUGAUGUUAAACAAUAAUUACAAAAUCCUGGUUUCAAUGUGCGAUUGCUUUACAAUUUGAAGCACAUUAAUUCUAAUGUAUUAAAUAUAUGAAUUUGUAAAAUAUGAAUUUUAUUUUUGUAAUCAAGUUUCGAAGAAUGUAAACAUUUACUUCCAUUUCGCGAAUCAAUAUUGUCAUUCUGCAUGACGUUUGUUUAAUCUAAACGGACAAAAAUACUUCACACAGAAUUUUGUUUAAAUUUUAUAUAUAUUUUUUUUUUUACUUUUAUUUACAUUUAUAUUUCUCGUUGUUUUAAAAUCACUUUUAAAAAACAUUAAUUCAAUAUUGAAACUGUACGUUUGUGAAACAUUCCGAGAGAAUGUACAUGGACAUCUGCAUGGAAAUAAUUUUUAGAACGACUGAGAUCCUUUAUAUAAAAAAUAUAUUUUUUCAAACUGUUAGCGGAAUGUAGCAGAGCCGAUCGCAAUUUCUCUCGUGGCGAAUUAUAAAUACUCUCUCGUAUCAAAUUUUACGCCGCACAUCGGCCCGCGUGGGUCGCAGCUGCGGGUGACCCGCAGGACCACCCUAUCAUCUCAUCUCGCCGAACGUCGCGUUCUUCCGCCGACGCUCUCGGUGCCUUCGUCCGGUGCUGUCGGUGGCGGCGCCGCGUCAUCCCUCUCCGCGCAAGCUCCACACCUCUCGGGGGCUAUUGAUCCACACGCGUUUCGGCCGACGGUCGGACGACGGUAGAGUGCCGCGAACAACGACGGGGGCUGCACGCUGCCCGUAAAUAUUCGUUCGGUGCGCCGUGACGGAUAAGACUUACGCGGACAAAAAGCAUCCCAUUUUGCAGCGCUCAGGCAGCAACGUGACCGAGGAUGGUCGGUGGAGUGAAGGAGGGUGGACCUCUUAUUCGACAUGUCGAACCCGUCUCGACGGCGGCGUUAGUGACGCUGUGCAUUGGCGCCGCUUUCCUACUAUGCGCCGUCGCGAUGACCUGGUGGCUCUGCCGACGACGUCGCGAGCACACCAAGCUGAAUUCCGACAAGUCCCUGGCGUUCAGGCCGCCGCACCGGAAACCGACGGCGGUUAAGAGUCCCGGCAGCACGAGCCACUAUCUGAAGAAGAGCCCGUCGCCAACAGGACCGGCCAAGAGCCCGCCUGGUUCGGGCGGACAAACCCCGAGCCCGACCGGGUCGCAGUCCUCGAAUCCCGCGUCUCAGCCCAGAACGCCGCAGAGCGCAGGCACACCGGUACAGACGCCGCCCGUUGAAGUUGCUAUAAGUAUAGAAAACGAGCGCGACAAGGCCGAGUUGGAAAAUAACGAGAAAGUUGAGCGCGAUAAGAGUCAAACAACUGAGAACGACAAGGACAAUCUUGGCCAGCUGGUCUUCAAACUGCGGUACCGAAGCGAGCAGAACGCGCUCGCUGUCACAGUGGUGAAAUGCAAGGGACUACCCGCUCGAGGUCAGCAGAACGCUACCAGCGAUCCUUACGUGAAACUGCAAUUGCUGCCCGACAAGCAGCAUCACGUGAAAACUAGAGUUCUCAGGAACACCAGGGACCCGGUAUACGAUGAGGAUUUCACGUUCUUCGGCAUAUCGCAGAGUCAACUUCAGAAAAUUAGCUUACACUUCAUCGUGCUGAGUUUCGACAGAUACUCGCGCGACGACAUCAUCGGAGAACUGACGUGCGCUUUAUCAUCAGUGCCCGGUUUAGAAGAUGCGGAUAAUCAGGAGAUAUCGCUAUGUCGAAAAAUAUGCCCCAGGAGUUUGAAGAUACAAUCGCAAGGGAGAGGGGAAUUGCUGGUCUCUCUUUGCUGGCAACCAGUCACCAGUCGGCUAACGGUGGUGGUGUUAAAAGCGCGAAAUCUACCCAAGAUGGAUGUGACUGGGCUCGCCGAUCCAUAUGUGAAGAUCUAUCUUCUGUACAACCAGCAACGUAUCGCCAAGAAGAAGACGCACGUGAAGAAACGUACGCUCAGUCCGGUGUUCAAUGAAUCGUUCGUUUUCGACAUACCGAACGGCGCGGACGGGCUCAACAACGUCAGCCUCGAGUUCAUGCUGCUGGACUGGGACCGAGUUACAAAGAACGAGGUGAUUGGCCGGCUAGACUUCGGUGGACCAAAAUGCCAAGGCUCCGCUGUGAAUCAUUGGAAGGAAGUGUGCAGUUCACCGCGACGACAGAUAGCCGAUUGGCACAAACUGCGGGAGUAAACCGGUCUCCGGCUCUACGUAUCAAUCCGAGUUCCCAUCUCCGAUUUCCCUAGAGCCCCAUAUUCUUUUCUGCUGUGAAGCCACCGAUCCGACUCUUGAAACCCUACAACGAGGUAGGGCAUCUGUUUUGUAAACCUAAUACUCGAUGUAUAUUAGGCUUGAAACGAGUGGCUCGUCCACCCGUGAUCGCUGUCAUCGCGGCAGACACCUUUAAAUCUGUAAGUUCCUUACGAGUCGAACGAUAAUCUUUAAAUGGGGAGAACUUUUUAACUCGAUUAUUCCAUUGGGACUCACCCGACCAAUUUUUAUUUAUAAAAUGUGAUAAUCUCGUAAAUACUCGUGAUAUUUUGGAAUUUUUUUCACUUUUAAUUUCUUAUUUCUAAACAAGUAUUUACGUGAUAUAAUACAAAGGAAAUAUUAUAUUCAAUUAAAACGUAUGAAAGAGCGCACGAUUUGAGCUCGAACGUAUGUAAAAUGUGUAUAGGAAAAAGAACGGAACACAGCAGGGUUACAUGACGAUAAACGUCAGAUAUUAAAUGUUAGGAAACUCGUCAUGGUGUUUAGUAGAUAGAUUUAAAAAGAUAAAAACACGAGAUGUCUUAAUUUAUUAAAGACUAUAAUUAUAAUAUAAAGAGUUUUAAUAUUAAGAGAUAAUUUAUGUUAAAGAUGCCGUAAGUAUAAUUCAAACGAUUUUAAUUAAACCUUUUUUUUCACGUCUUUUAUUUUACUAAAGUACACAAAAUAUCUCAGACUAAUAUUAGAAUUAUUAAAAAGUUUAACGCCGUAUUAAAAAAUGAGAUGCAGCAGAGUUCUGAAGGCAGAUUAUCCGUUAUUAAAAUUUUUCUAUAUUUUCUGAUAGAAUAAAAUUUUUCUCGUCGCGAAAAUGCAAGAUCGGUCCUAAUGAAUCAUUAUGCGGAUUAUCGCGAGACGUAAUGAUACGCGAUCACGGGAUGACAGCUUGCAGAAUGCUUUAUGAUAUAAACAUAGACAUUAAGAUUCCCGACCAGUUGAUAACGAGACUACGGAAGAGAAGUGUCGGUGCGUGCGGCUUUCCAAUUGCUAAAUAUUGCAUCAGAUGGAUAAAAAUGAAGCGAUUCUCUCCUACAAUACAUUCGAUUGGAUGCAUUAACGCACGGACGCGGUUCUAAAGACGGUCGGUCUUACACAAAAUAACAAAAGUAUAUGCAUAGUAUGUAAUCGGCUCACUAAUGGAAUGCUCAGCUUCAUUAUACUAUGUGGUAGAAUUUACGCUAAAUGUUAUCAAGACUUUUAUGAAAAAUUUAUGCACUUUGAUAAAUUGUAUGUACGACGUAAUCGAGUGCGCGCCGGUGCGCGCUAAUGCAUUCGUUCGAAUUACAGACUCGCUCCAUUUUGUUUACAUGAUUCGUUAUAUUUGCAGCUGCGCGGGGCCGCGCAUUGCACACGUUGAAGGCGUAUACAUUUUACGCGCGGUGGCGUAACUCUGUAAAUCCUCGGCUCUUGAGGGAAUUGAUAAAGGUGGCCUCUCCCUCUUCUGCUCCACUCGCAAAACUAGAAGAAAAAUGAAACUAACGAUCUGUACAUUUUGACUUGUAUAGACAUUUAUGUGAUUAGCAAGGGAAGGAUAUUUUUACGUUACACCAAAAUUUUGUCCCUUCACGUCACUUUGGGUCGCUGACGCCCCCCCGUGAGGCCCGUAAGCAUCGCUUACCCGCGCUUGAUAGUAGUUACGCCACUAGUUUUGCGACACAAUACUGAAAGUGUGUGCGGCAAGCUCGUCGGGUCGCAUCUCGAUAACAAGUCGGUGAGGUGCAUUUACUAUCUCGAGGAGAUUGGCGAAAGAAUACAAGACUCGUAUCUUCACCGAAACCUAUCUAGCGCUAAAUACGACUAUCUGAUUCUAAGUUAUCAUUUACAUGUGUAAUAUAUUGUCGUAGUAAGACUUGGAAAGACACUCUGAGUUCCCGUUGUUCCAAUCGUCUUUCUACUCUCACAACAAAGCGAAAUAAAUGGAGAAGUUCACAUCGUCUGCAACAGGCUGUCGCAAGGAUGUAGAAAAAUGCGGAAUCUGAACGAAAUUGCGAUACAUUGGCGAUUACACCGGAAGAAGGCUCGAAUUUGAAUUAUUUCGUUCGCGAUUGUCAUUCUAUUUUUACAAUGAAACGAUAAAUGAAAGAAUGCACUGUUGCUUUUAAGAGUAGCUGGACUACGAAUACAGUCUCGGCUCGCGAUUGUACAUAUGUAUAACUGAUGAACCGCGAGAAGAGUGGCGAACCUGCUUUACGCGAUUACCAAGAAAUUUUCGUUUCGACGCGGAUAAAAAACUUGCGAAACUUUUUUAGAUAAAUUUCGCGGGAACAAUCUUACAAUUUUAACGCAUUCCAAAAUUUUUAUCGAAAAAAAAAUCUCGCGAUCUUUUUGUCUCCGAGUGUAUGCGCUAGUUUGUUUUAAAAACAAUGAGAUUGAUUUUCAAACGCAAUGUGACAUCAAAAUAAUUAUUUUAUCUGAAUCUUAGAAUGUUGCAAGCACGACGAGGGUGCGUUCGUUUCGAUUUAUUCAGUGUACGUCAAGUCACAAAAUCGAAUCAUAUUUAUUUUUAUUCCGAUAGCAUUCUAAAAUUAAAAAAAACCGCAGACUGCGGUUUUAAUAUCUAAUGUUGACGCAUGGCGUUUAAAAAUUUGUCUUAUCAUUUUUAUGACUGACUUGCGCGUCAGAAGUAGGAUGGUUUUAGGAGAGUACGCAUUUUUGUUCUUAUCUCGAAAUUUGGUGAUUACAAAUUAAACAACGUUAAAAACAAUUUUUCGUUCUUACCACCGCAAGAUUUAAUAUGUGUUAUUUAAUUCUUUUUGCUAGUGCUAUAUUAUGGAUAAGAUCGAUUAACGUCCAAAUCGACGCUCGCAGAUCGCAAGAUAGCGUGAUUAUUCAUUUUGAACGUAAAAGUCAAUAGAAAGCAACGCAUAAUUAACGAAUGCAUAAUUAAUAAAUUGCGUGUCAAAAUUCACGUCGCGGAAUUUGUUCAAGUUAGAAGGACAAAGAUUUUUUAUCUGAUUGCUUGUAAAUAUGCGCGUAAUGGUCUGUUAUAAAUUUUUAAAACGCAAUUAAUCUCAACAUUAAAUUCCAUUAUUUAGGACAGCAAAAUUAUAUUUUUUUUAUAUCGCUGAAUAUAACAUUUUGUUCUUUAAUCUCAAUUUUCUAUGUAAAUAUGUACGUUUCAAUUAUACAAUCACACAAAUUUCAAAAUAAACGUAUUAAAGGAAAUUCCAGAAUAUUUUUAUACAAUCAGAUAGAAUAUUCCUGUCUUCCUAAUUGAACAAAUUUCACUUCAUCGUCCUUCUUUCAUAGCGGCUCGCUACUAGCGAGGACGAGAAGACCGCGAUGCAUGCGAGAAUAUCGAGCUACAAUUCUCGCGAAGAGGGUACGCGAGGAAAAGCGAGUGGUGGCGAGAAACGUAUCCAGACACUGCGAUCGAAAGUAUGACAGAAAAGUCGCAAUAUAUCACACGAAGACUCAAGAGAUACACCGAACAAUAAGUUUUACGUACGUUUUAAGAUAGCAAACACGACACAUCGUCGUCUUACACGGCGGUUCACUGAGAAACAAACGGCAUUACACGAUCGAGAAUUUCAAGAUAUUUAUUUAAUUGCUAAUCAUAAAAAUACAACUACCUAUAUAAAUAUAUAUAUAUAAGAAACAAGUAUAAUAAGUAGAGUACGCGUAGCGAUACACAACGUACAUCACGUCUGUCGUUCUCUUAGAUCGUGAAAACUAUACGAAUGACCUCUUGUGCGAAACUGUUCUGCGAGCAUGAGAAAAUCUCGAUGACUUUCCAGAUUAAUCUUCUGAGAUCGAAGAUGCGAGAUUGAAGAAAUUGCUUGAGACCGACAGACACGCUGUAACAUAAUGAUCAUCGGUACGAAAUGCUCGAAAAUCAUCGUUCUUGUUAAUUCGCCAUUCAAUUCUUUCGAUUCCUUUAUUCGUGCAUCCUUUUUCGUUGUUACAUGAUAAGUAAAUAAUAUAUUGUACGUUAUAAUAAAGAUAUUCUAAUUUUCUAAAGAUUGUAAACAAUGUAUGGUUCUGGACGAAUCACAGGGACAAAAUCUUCACCUUGCUAGUGUGACAAAUCAGCUUGUCGCGACAAUUAUGGUUAAAUAAAAAUUAAUUUCACCAAACAUGCAGUUUAAUUUAAUGACUAUAACGAUAAGUGACGACGAGGCUAAAUUCAAUUUAUAGCGCAUUCAUAUGAAAUUAUUAUUUAGUGAAUUACACACACGAUAUAUGUAUAUAUGUAUAAUGUAACGCUAAAAUUCACAUGUUACGUUGAAUUAAUAAAGUAUCGGUGCUUUUUAAGCAUUCGUAAGUAUUAUAUUAUAGACUAAAGAAUGCGGCGAGGGAAUACUGUGCGUGAGCAGGUUUUAAGGCUGUGUGGUCAAUAAAACGCUAAAAUAAA